GAUCAUAUACAGUACAUGGAAGAGGGUUAGUGUCUUGGCCUAAUGUCUCGGUUUUUUUUUUCUUUUGGAUUCGAAAUUGCUUCAUCAUCUGUUUAGGACGUUUUUAGUUUUAUAUAUCUGCUUAAAAAUCACCUUUGUUUGAGAAAAUGGAGAAACAAAACUACAAAAGUUGCAGUAUAUUCCUAAAAUUUAUCUAUUGUAUGUAUUGUCUAAUAUAUCUCCCAUUUUGUGUUUCUUAGGAAAAUAUUAAAACUAAUAAUUAAAUCAUAACAUUUCCUCUUUUAUUUUCAUUUUUCUUAAUAUAAUUUGUCUAUGCAGAUUAGUAAUGUGCAGACAUAGUCUAUAUUAAGAUAAAAUAACCAACCUUCAUAAAUAUUUUCACGAAAACCCUACCUUGUUUCCGAAUGUUUAAUCAUGAUUUUGGAUGUGACCGGUGAAGAAACUAUACAGUAAUGUUUCAUCCAAUCAACUUUAAAAGGCUGUGGGGGUGGUGGACUACAUCUUAAAACUUGCGUGUUUUCUAAUUUUUUCCUAACUAGAGAAAAACCCCAAACUUACAAUCCAAAAAUAAUAUCAUAUAGUACUUAGUUGCUAUCACAACAAUAAUCAGUGUUGUGAUUAGACAGUGUUAUACCGUAACAUCUAGUCACGGCCAUAGUGUUUAGGUCGGGAGAGACAGGAGACCUUGUUUGCUACUUUAAAUGUUCCAAUCCCAAAGCAAAGGAUAUACACUGGAGGGCUCCUCUCAAAAGCCUUCACAAAUCAAAAGUAUUUUUCAAGUACAUCAAAUCAUACUUAUGGAACUUCUUUUGUCGCGUUCCGUCGACAGGCGUAAUUAUCUAUUUAAUAUGUCAACUGUUAAGCAUAAUUGUUAUCAUCUAUUUUUGGUCAGACAGUUAUACACAUGCAAUGAUGAUAUCGUAUCAGUUUAGUUCGUUUUAUUUCACAUUUUAAGAAGGGGUCGUUGGAUUAAUAACCUAAAUUCCGUUCUACAUAUGUCUGAACUUUAUAGUAUCAUCGAUGCAUCAUCAUCACUUCGAUUGAUCUCUGCAUAAUAUUAAUACAUUUUGUUGACAGUAGAAUUAGUGUGAAAAUAAAACAACUGAAAGUGAUGUCUGGUCUGUUUUUCUUACUAAUUAGGAAGGAAUGUGAAAUGAUAUAGUCCACAGACACUUUGACAGUUUAUACAAAUUUAUUAAUUAAGCUCCCUAAACAAAAGCAAAAUAACUGUCCCUCUUAUAAAAACGAGGCACUUAUGGAUAUUAUCAUACUAAUGUUACAAAAUUAUGAAGAACGUCGGUCCCAUUUAAGAAGCAAUAAUCCAUUUAUUAUUAGGAUCCAUUGAACUGGACCACCCAAACGAAUACACACCACGUCGUACCAUACAUACAGAUUAAUACAUUCGUUUAUGAUGUAGCGUUUUAUAAUAUCAAAAGAACCAUAUAUCUAAGCAAAGCUAUACUUUUACAGGUUGGUGUGUUCGGCAAAGGGUCAUGCUCACUUCUAAAAGCUGAUACUUAUACAUUAUAAAGUUGAUUUUCGAUAAGAGCAGAUGAUACCACGAUUAAUGUAAUAGGGUUAUUUCAUUUGACACAUAAUCUUUCCAAAGGCUGGAGCUUAUAUAUACAACAUAAAGUUUAGUUCUAGAUAUUAAUAUUCCGACCAGCUAAAAAUCUACAACAAAAUAAUUGUUAUAAGAUUGAAGAUCACGAAAACAGUACAAGUUUUGACGAUCUGUGGGGUAUGUAGUUAGUGCCAAAGCUAACCUCUGUUCUAAAAGUUGAAAGAAUAGAAAAUGUGGAGGUUCAGAAAUUGAUGUGUGUUUUUUGAUCUGAACUUACGUGCCUAAUCCUCACUUUAGCCAGCAUGUUUAUGGGCUGCCUGCCUUUUUAAAAGUGGCCCCAUUCAAAUUACGGCCCGAGCAUUUCAUUUAAUCGCUAAUUAAAUUACGAUUUCUUCAUCGGAAUUUGGAUACAUGCGCGCCUUUUCUGGAUCAGGUCCGAAGCUCCGGUUUGACUAACAGGCAAACGGCGUUAAAGGUAAUCAUCUUAUGUUUUCUUAUCAUGUCCAAAAUGUAGUGAAAAUGCAUCCAAAUUCCAACAAGAAAUUAAUGAUUUAUAACAUUUGCACUUCAAAAUAAUCGAUAAUACAGUAAAUAAAUAUUUUUCUUAUUAAUAGAAUCACUAAAAAGGUAAUAUAUUAAACUUAAUUCUUUUUUUUGACAAAAAAAGAAUAUAUUUACCUGUAAAAGUAUAAAAAUAUUGGAAAAUAUUCCAUAUUUUUAUUAAAAAUUAUAUUUUGUAUGUUUAUACAUAUUAAAAUUCAAUGAUAAGUAUAAUUUAAAGUAAUAAUAAUUCAGUAAAUACAAUUACGUUUAUUAAAAUUUACAGUUUACCAUUUAUUAACUCAUAUCAAAUAUAUUGAAAACAUAAAAUACAUCCAUUUAGAGAUAAAAAAAUUUCUACAAAAUAUUUAUCUUUCAAGAGUUGAAGGAAUAUUUUAUAAUCAGACAAUUCCAAGCAUAACCUUUUAAUUUUUUUAAACAUAUAAGCCGCUGGUCGUAAAAAAGGAAACAAAUAAUAUUGGCCGAAAGAAAACGAACCUAACCAGAAGGUUAGGGGGAUAGGUUCGGAGCGUAUUGCGCCUCUUUCACCCCCUCCGCUAGAAUCUAAAUAUUAAUUAAUUAAUUUGGUUUAAUCCAUAGAAAGUGUUAGCGAGAAAGUGAGGGAAAUUAUUCAUUUCAAAAGACAUAUCCUUCUUCCAUUGCCAUCCUUUAUAAUACAAACCGCAAACUUCUCCCUAUCGUCUUCUUCCUCACACAGAGAGAGAGAGAGAGAUUCUCUAAUCAUUAACAAUUUCGCGAAAAUUCUCUGGAUGGAGUCGAAUGAUUUUUCCUUCUCCGUAGUAUCCAUCGUUGAAGAUGUUCUUCAACAUUAUAGUACCCGAUCAAACGACGCCGGAUCGCUGUUACCCCGGAAACUCGAAGAAUCUUCUUUAAGAAGAUACGAAGCUGCUGCAUGGCUUAGAGAAACGCUCGGAGUUUCUAGCGGUAGAGACUUCCCCGCCGAACCUUCUGAAGAAGAUUUUAGGCUUGGGUUGCGAAGUGGGAUCGUUCUUUGUAAUGUUCUUAACAAAGUUAAUCCUGGCUCAGUCUCAAAGGUUGUUGAAGCACCGGAUGAUGUUGCAGAUGGAGCUGCGCUCUCUGCUUUUCAGUACUUUGAAAACAUCAGGAAUUUUUUAGUUGCUAUUGAGGAAAUGGGUUUGCCAUCUUUUGAAGCUUCUGACAUGGAGAAGGGAGGAAAGUCUAUUAGGAUAGUGAACUGCAUACUUGCACUUAAGUCUUACAGCGAGUGGAAACUGAAAGGUGGAACUGGUCCGUUUAGGUAUGGAUCCAACAUGAAGAAUAAUUUUGGAUCGAGGAAACCGUUUCUGAGGAAAAGUUCUGAGCCGUUCAUGAGUUCCAUGUCAAUAAAUCAUUCAUCAACUGAUCAACCUCUGUGUUCUGAUGUUGGGCAAGUAAGUGGAUCCAUUAACGGGCUUGUUCGAUCAUUUCCUUCAGACAGAAAGCCUGAAGAUAUUCCAAAUGUUAUAGAGUCUGUGCUGAACAAAGUUAUGGAAGAAGUCCAGCAGCGGUUAUCAAUCCACAAUGAAAUGAUGAAAUCAAGUUCAAAGCCUAUUCAAGAAGAUGAUUCAUCCUGCGAGGAGACAGUGGUACCGUCUCAGCAGUGUGAGGUAAGGCAACAUGAGGAAACUGAAGAGAACAGUCCAUCAAAGGUCGUAGAAGAAAAGAUUCAAAGAAUAAAUACUGAACACUAUGAAGAACAAGAGAUUCUUCUAAAUCAACAAAAGCACAUCCAGGAGUUGAAGCAAACUUUAAGCACUACAAAAGCAGGAAUGCGAUUACUGCAGAAGAAGUAUCAAGAAGACUUCUUUCACCUAGGCAAUCAUGUAAAUGGUUUAGCUCACGCGGCUACGGGAUACAAAAGAGUGCUUGAAGAAAACCGCAAACUGUACAACCUAGUGCAGGACCUGAAAGGGAAUAUACGAGUAUACUGUCGGGUUAGGCCAUUCUUGCCUGGGGAACCAACUGCUUUGAGUACCGUGGAACACAUAGAUGAAGGGACUAUCACGAUCAGAGUGCCAUCAAAGUAUGGGAAAGAAGGACACAAACCAUUCAUGUUCAACAAAGUCUUUGGUCCUUCUGCAGCACAAGAGGAAGUGUUUUCAGACAUGCAGCCUUUGGUACGGUCGGUUCUUGAUGGCUACAAUGUCUGCAUCUUUGCUUACGGCCAAACUGGGUCCGGGAAAACUUUUACCAUGACAGGGCCUAAGGAACUGACUGAAGAAAGCCUAGGUGUGAACUACAGGGCACUGGCUGAUCUGUUUCUUCUAUCAGACCAAAGAAAAGACACAACCAGCUACCAAAUCUCGGUUCAGAUGCUUGAAAUUUAUAACGAGCAAGUCAGAGAUCUACUUGCCACUGAUGGCCAAACUAAAAGGUUGGAGAUCAGAAACAACUCUCAAAAUGGAAUUAACGUUCCGGAAGCAAGUCUAAUGCCUGUCUCAACGACGGAUGAUGUUAUACAGUUGAUGGAUCUAGGACAUAUGAACCGUGCAGUGAGCUCUACAGCCAUGAAUGACAGAAGUAGUCGAUCUCACAGCUGUGUGACUGUUCAUGUUCAAGGCAGAGACCUCACGUCUGGAACUAUCAUCCAUGGUUCCAUGCAUCUGGUUGAUCUUGCAGGAAGCGAGAGAGUGGACAAGUCAGAGGUGACUGGAGACAGACUGAAGGAGGCUCAACACAUCAAUAAGUCACUCUCGGCUCUUGGCGAUGUUAUCUCUUCGCUUUCUCAGAAGACUUCUCAUGUGCCUUACAGGAAUAGUAAACUCACCCAGCUUCUCCAGGACUCCCUCGGUGGAUCAGCCAAGACGCUUAUGUUUGUACACAUUAGUCCAGAAGCUGAUACUCUUGGAGAAGCUAUUAGCACUCUGAAGUUUGCUGAACGAGUGGGGAGUGUUGAGCUAGGCGCUGCUCGUGUGAACAAAGAUAACUCAGAAGUCAAGGAGCUUAAAGAACAGAUUAUUAAUCUUAAAAUGGCUUUAGCGAGGAAAGGAAAUGGUAAUGAUGCACAACCAACCUCUUUGCCACAUACCCCUGAGAGAGUAUCAAGAAGAAGAUCACUUGAAACACCUUCCGUGCGACCCAAGCUUCCUAACAUUGGAAACGCGCCAAGCAACCUUAGGCAGCCUUUUAGCGAUACUGCAUCUUCAAGAAGACACACCUUAGACCUCCAUGAGUUAAUGAGGCGGAGGCAAUCACUCAACGCGAAUGAAGAGGAUAGAGAAUCUAAGUCAGGGGAGUGGAUAGAUAAACAAGAUCUCGAAGUGCAGAGUGUUACAGAUAACGAAUCUGAUGAAGGCGUGGCAAGUGACUGCUCAGAUUCUGAUUUGUUGUGGCGAUUGAACGUUCAAGUGAAUGUGCCUAGAGUUGCUAAUAAACAAAGUUCAGAAAAUCCCAAACCGAGGAAAGUUCAGACAAGAACUACUAAACUCUCAGAAACCAGAAGUUUAAUUCCAUCUCUGAUCCCAGCACCAAGUAAGAGAACUCCUAACACCGUGAACUCGCAGCCGCAGCAGCGAGUAACCAGAGAUGGAAAACGCAGAUUGAGUUUAGGCAAGUGAACAUGUUUUCACCAGUUUUUUUGUAAAGAGUUAAAACAAGGAAAUUAAAACAAAAGAUUGUUUUUGUAUAAUGUGAAUCUCAAAUAUACUGCUUUGUGUGUACAAUAUUAUACAAAUUUACUGGAAAGAGAACAUAAACUCCUUUUAUGACUUUUUGGAUAUUUCGAACAUUUUUUUUUUGUAGAAAGGAUAUUUCGAACAUAACUAUGUACUUUAUACUAAUGUCUAAAU